AUGUCUGGAUUUGAGAUUGCGGGAAUUGUUCUAGGCGGGUUCCCUAUCCUAAUUAUAGCUGUGGAGUUUUUUGAUGAAACUUUCAAGCGUGUGACAACAUGGAGGCAAUUCCGUACCGAUUUCCUGCAAUUCAUUGAUGCUAUCAAUUUUGAAAAGCAAUUCUUCAACGAACUGCUUCGCCGGUUUCUACUCUCCGUGGACGUCCCUAGGGAUGAGGUCCACCUUUUUCUUGAGGACAGAAGUUACGAGGGUUGGCACCGCGAAGAGCUCAUUGCGAUCUUCCAUUUGCGUCUUGGCAAGUCUUACAAAGGUUUCAAAAGCUUGAUCAAGACAGUAGAUUCACUCAUGAUAGAGGUGAAUAACCUGUUAGCGUUCAAAGAUGGAAGGAUUGACUGGCAAGAAGAAAGACUAAGCGGGUUUGAAUACCAGGUUAAACGGGUCCAGCAUAGCUUUUCGAAAAGAGGCCCAAAGGCUUUCGUCGCGCUAGAGAAAUGCAAUCGAAAGCUUCAAGAAAUUCUGGACUCGGUUGAGAAGUUGGAGACUAUAGGAUCGAGAAAAGACGAUUUAGCAGAGGCAAUUUUUUUCUCGCGCAUCAAAAAACACUCUCAGAGUUUGCACAAGGCCAUCAACGACAGGUGGAGUUGUGAAUGUAUAUCGGCUCAUGAGGUUUCGAUUCAGCUACAGAGCCGUACAAGUGUGGACUCCCCCAUAAUAUUCAAUCUAUCAUUCGAAUAUCCAGAAAUAUUAAAGACAGCUCUCUACCCAUCCGAUGAACAACUUUCUCGCACAUUUUCUAAGUGUCGAAAAGUCGAAACCACCAGAAAAGCCCGCAGCAUAAUCGAUAGUAUUCUACCUGCCAGCCCUCAGCAACUUUCAGUAGCAGAAAAUGUUCGCCAAAAGCUGCAUCGAAAUAUUGAGUCGAAGCCUAACUCUACUUCUAACAAACAAGCGUCCCAAGUAAAGAAAUCUGGUUCCUCAGACUCACCGUCGUCAUCCAUCCAGGUAUCUUCCACCGUGCUGAAUGAAAUUGAGAUACAUAACCUAUGCGAAACUGUCUACAAUUUUGAUAUCACCUGCAAUUCUUACUUAGGCUACCUCCCGGCUGAUCAUUUAGAGCGCCAUGAAUUUCGAGAUAGUGAUGAUAGUGUUACAUCUCGGGCCUUCUAUCGAGAUAAAUUCGUUAGUCUUGAAACCAUUCUUUCCAAGCCCGAUAAAUUCUCUCCCCUCAACCGCUAUGAACGAUAUAAAGUUGCAUACAUACUAGCUUCUUCAUUACUACAGCUUCAGAAUGCUCCUUGGCUUACUGGCAAUCUGCAAAAGCGCCAUAUCCUCUUUCUAUGCGAUUGGAAUAAGCACAAAAUUCUAAUCGAUCAGCCAAAUUUCUCCCACUCCCGAGGUCCUUCUUCUCCACAAAGUGCCAAUUUAUACCUCUAG